AUGUCGAAAAGACGGAAUAAUACAGAAGACAAUUUUGAGGACACUUCGCAGCCGCUUGAAGGCACAAGUGAAAGUCAUGAAAGCGGUUAUCGGGAUGACUAUUUCCUCAGUGAUCCUGCUUCGUGGUGGGACAAUUUGCCUCAGCCAUUCAUGAUGAUUGACAAAGUAGUGGAUUAUUUGCUUGAACGGGCAUGGUCGUCGAUAGAACAACGACAAAGAGUAAAGAGGUCUCAGAGGAUAUCUCGAACAGAUUCCGCCGCCUGCAAUACGCCCACUGUAUACGGACCAGGUGGUGUUUUGUCCCAGGUAUCGAAUAUAAGCACCGCGGGUUAUUGCGACGAUGAACCUUACAUUGUCUUCGGUACAGCAAGCGGUCUGUAUGUGGUGGAUGGGCUUUCUCAAACUGUCUGUGCAAGUUGGCAAGGGCCAAACACUGAAAUCCUAGAGACACAUCUGUAUUCGACCCCACAGAAAACAUUCCUCAUCACGUCGGUCGACGACUUGGGUGAUGCCCGCGUGUUUUUGUUUAUUGAACCAGACAUCCUUCAACUGGUAUUUACAGUUUAUGAGAAGGUUGAAAAUGAAGUGAAACCUUUAGUAGCCACGUGCGCAGCAAGUGCAUCCGGGGAAUAUCUAGCAGUCAGUAUAGAUUCAACGUCUAACAGAAAAGCAAGAUCCAUCGCAGUUUACAGUCUUCCCUUUGAGAAUUGGGAUACACAGUUGCGUGCCAACACUCCGACAAAGCAAGAAGCGCGACAGACUAGCCCCGUGGAAACAGUUGUUGAAGAUACGCAACCUGCCGCGCUACUGACAGAUGGAAAAGAAGAGAAAAAUUCACAAUUUCAAAAGCCGAUUUUAAUACUGAAAAUCCCUGCUCUUGAGAUAAGUCCAGGUAAUCCAAGCAAGAAUUUACAGCAGAUAUGCAAAUCAGUUGAUGUUAGCGGCGAAGUAAUUGGGACAGGAUACAACAACAUCAUCAGUCAGGCUCAUCUGGAUCUGAGAAAAGCAGUCUUGGAAUAUCUGCAUGAAGACUUGAAGAGAUAUACGCAAGAUCCAGAAACACCGUUAAGGCCCCUUAAUUUCCAUUUUAUCCAGUCGGCUGCGCUCUCUUUUCCUUGCGAUGGACAAAAUCAAGUAAACAGUUCGGCCAUUCUUGUCUGGUGUUCUGACAGUCAUAUCCUUUCCUUAUACUUGUUGGGAAAACUCCGAAAAGAAGGGGCCUUUUUGGAACCAGACAGAGUGUGGCCAUUUGCAGCCGCCAUCACCGCGUUAGCAGUGUCUCGUUUUUCUACUAUGUUGGCUAUUGGAUUGGAGAACGGCUGCGUUGUCGUAUGGGAUAUUUAUUUUGGUAUUAUGCGUGGAGUACAUUACCUCGGUGGACCAAGCCCAGUUCGGCAGCUUCACUUUAUUUAUUCAGAAAGAUACAAAGAUCCUACUCAAAAGGGAGACUUCGCCUGUGACAUCAUCGCUACUCAAAGGAAUGGUGCAACACAGCGCAUCACUUCUUCCGCCUCUGAACCUUUAACUGCCAUCACUAUAUUACCUGAGGCACACAGUGACGACAUAUUAGUCAUGCGUUUGAUACCGAUUCCAGGCAAGAACGAACUGGUGCUGAUCACGUUCAGUAACGGAGUUGUAGUAUUGGUGGAUGUUUUUGAAGGAGAUAGUUUGUGCGAAUUGCAACUCUCCGCUGGCUACCAUCUCUCUUGCUCUUGGGCACCUGUGAUCAGUGUUGUCAGUAACAGCAAAUCCUUGACUAACGAUCUUAAGACAUAUGCUUAUAUAAUAGGUAAUUCUGAAGCCACAUCCGGGUGCUGUUUUUAUUUCCAGUUGAACAAACUACCUGUGCUUAAGUCCUAUUGGUCAUCUUUGCCGAAAACGCAGAUAUCUGUAACCUCCAUUUCGCUCGAAAAACAACAAAACAUUUUUCUCAAUGAGAGGCGGGAUCAACAGAAAGAGCGAAACGCCCGUCUGAGCAUUCGUUGGAAGGAGUUAAGUCAAUACAUAUCACCUCCAAUGAAUGAUGUUGAAAAACUGGAAGUGGCCGGCUAA